AUGGGUGGAAAUGAAUAUGGAUACCAAACAAAAGAUUUAUUAUUAGUUGAUGAAGGAAGAAAUGCUGAAAUAAGAUUGUUGAUUGCAGUUGCUGAUCGUCAAAGUGAACAGAUUGGUUUACCUCUUCGUGAUUUAUUUUUUUGUAAUUUUCGGCAGAUGGGAUUAUCCGAUUUAUCGCUGGAAUGGCUAGUUGCUUUAACAACGAUUAUAUCUGGUUUCGAAUAUGAUGUCGUUGAUCUUAUUUUGGAUUGGUUAUCCGAGGUUUUGGAUUUCAGAGAAUUACCAACUUGCAAUACGAAUUUCACAAUUAGCUCAGAAGUUAAUCAACAGAAUAAUACUAAUGGUUCUAAAAAUUAUAGGAUGAAAAUUAUAGGUUUUCUGCGAGAAAAAGAAGUGCUUGACGAAGAAGUGCAGAAAAUAUUUUUUCGAAUUUGUUGUAAAAUAGAUCAUCUAACUUAUGAAUAUCUCUUAUUACUUGAUAUCAUUCUCAAAUAUGGGCAUGUUCCAGAUAAUGAGUUGCACUCAUCAGGACUCUAUGGUGAAAUUUCAGGUAAAAUAAAAAGAAAUAAUUUCAAUGUGAAAUCUAGAAAAAUGAAAGUGAAAGAUUUGCUUCUUCCAGUUGUGGAUAUAAACAUGGACAUUGAGACUUCUCUUACAAAUGAUUACUUCUGCGAAGAGUUAUCCAAAGCGAAAGUCAUUGGUGUUGUUACUACUGUUGCUCUUUCACUGUAG